AUGACCAAAGACGACGCCUUCGACGACGCCGCACCUCCUCCCUACCAACCACCGCCCUACCAAGCCCAAUCACAGCCCGACGACCCCCAGGACGACCCCCUCGUCGAGCCGACCGUCUUCAUCCUCGCCGGGCAGUCCGUCCACGCCGAGAACGUCUCCUCGCCGCCCGCCUACGCGCUAUCCCGCGCCGUCGCCACCCUCACCAAGUCCACCGAGAAGGUCGAGUUUGAGCGCCUCGACACCGUCCUCGCCAGCAGCGGCGCCGUCCGCCACCGCAGCCGCCACCUCUACGACCUCCGCCGCAGCGUCAAGCAGCCGCGCAUCGGCUUCUCCCGCGCCCGCGCCGCCUCCGACGCGCCCGAGUACUACCUGCACAGCCAGUCCCCCCGGCGCACGCUCGGCCACGUCGGCCUCGCCAAGGCGCGACGCGGCGGGUUCGCAGCGGGCUUCCGCGCGCUGCCCGUCGUCGUGCCGGCCGCGACCACGAGCCGUGCGCGCUUCGGCGGCGACGGCGACGGGGAGUUGCCGGCGUUUGAGCUGCGGAGGGCGGGGGACCGCUCCAGGUGGGUGGUCGGCGGCGGCGGCGAGGAGGAGAAGAAGGAGGAGGACGCGGCGGUGGUGGCGAUUGAGGACGCGGCGGACGAGCAGCGCAGGCUGAUCCUGACGAGGGCGCUGCCGCGGAAGCAGGUGGACGUGCUGGUGGCGCUGUGGUGCUGCAGCAUAUGGCAGGAGGCGGCGGAGAGGGAGGCGCGGCGCGAGAUAACGGGCAACUCUUUUAUGAAAAAGAUGGAUGCGGGACGGGGAAUCUUUUUCGGGACGGACAUCUACUAG